AUGUAUGGCAUAAACCAUUCCAAAAUAUAUCAUAAUGGUGCUAUCAACGAUGAAAAAAAUGAAGACAAAGUUUCAGAAGAUUCUAUUACAUUUAAUCGGGAUAAUCAAGAAUCUAAUGAAAAUAAUUCAAAUGCUAAUGCAAUAAAACAUGCUGAUGCACAAAGUGAUAGACUAAAUGAAAAUUCAUUAAGUUCUUUUAGUAAUUCAAUAAAUGCAUCAACUGAAAACAGAUUAUAUAAUAUAAAUGUGCAAAGUGAGGCCGAUGAAGUGAAUUUCCACAGUGAUUGCAUUUUGCCAAAUAAUUUGAAAAAUAAAUCAGGUAAAUCCAAUUCUGUCGAUGAAAAUAUCAUGAACGAUAAUGUUGAAUUAGAGAUUUUAAUAGAUUUUUUAAAUACUUUAAAUGAUAACGACAGAAAGAAGCAUAAGUAUUAUUUCUGUGUAAAGUCAAACAAAUUUUUCGAAGAACAUAUGCCUUGUCUUAAUACACAAUAUAAUGAAUCACAAUCGUGCCUAUCAGGUACAUUUGAAAAGCAUAAAUAUCAUCAACAUAUUCAAAAUGCUUCUCGCCUAUACCUUAAUCGUAAAAAUGAAUUAAAUUCAAACCAAGGUCGUCAAAGUAAUUCAACUGAUAAAAACAAAAGUAAUUUGUUGAAUAAGGUAUUAUUGUCAGGUGAAGUUUUUGCAGGAGACAAUUCCAAACUUGGUGAAAUGCCAAAAAUAAGAUCCAAUCAUAAAUUGCAAACACAUCCUCUGCAAUUUAACGCUAGGGAUGUUGCUAGUACAUCAAACAGAUGCGUAUCAGAAUAUGAUGAACCCCUUUUGAAUAAUAGUCGAUUUCAAGAAAAUAAUUGUUGUACUGAUGCAGUUCAAAUGACAAAUUUUCAACAGCAAGAUAAUGAUGGUUUGAUUAAAAAUACUCUUAUGUGUAAUAAUACCACCGCUACAUCUUCAAGUACACUUGGAGAUGCAGUAGUUAGAAUUGGUGAAGAAAAUACCAUAAGCACAGUGCCAGAUGAAGAACUAUGUCAUAAUAAAUCAAUUUUGAUUAAUGAUGAAAACAAUAAGCGGCAAGAAAUCGAAAAUUCUGAAGAAAUCAAUUCUGUGAUGAAUAAAAAAUAUAAUAUUCAAUCAAAUAAAGAUGUAGAAGUAUUUAAUAAAGAAAACAAACCUAGCUCAACAAACUAUUCAUUUACUGAAAAUAAUUUACAUGAUAAAGUUAUGAUCGAAGUCGAGCAAGCAAAAUUGAAUCUGCCAGAUGCAGCCGGACAACCUGGUGUUCAGAAUAAAUCAGAGAAUUUAGAAAAAAUCGUAAAAAGGCUUGAACGUAAAAACAAUUACGUAGAAAAAAAUAUACCUGAUAAAACAAUGAUCGAAGUUGAGCAAACAAAUUUGAAUCUAAUCGAAAAGGAGCUUGAACGUGAAAACAAUUACGUAGGAAAAAAUGUACAUGGCAAAGCUAUGAUCCAAGUCGAGCAAGCAAAUUUGCAUCUACCAUUUGCAACCGGACAACCUGGUGUUCAAAAUAAAUCAAUUAAUUUUGGAAAAAUUGGAAAAAAGCUUGAACGUGAUAUAUUACCCGAAAAAGGCUUAAUUCAAACUAAUUCUGUUAAUGAAAAUUCAUCUGCGCCAAAAUUUCACAUAAUAGAAGAUUUGAUUAUACCGAAUAAGUAUAACAUAGAUGUGAAGCUUCUUAUGCAGAACAAUGGACAAGUUGAGCGUAAUAUUAGUACAUCUGAUAAAAAUUUAUUGCGCAAAAAUCCAAAAUUGUCUAUAACUAAGCAGAAUGGUCAGCAAAAUAAUAUAAAGAAUACAAAUGAUAAUUAUGAACGAAUAACAAGAAGUGAUGCUCAAUCUGAAAAUUUGUUUUUUACGAAGGAUAGUAGAAUUGAAAACUUGAGCAGUGAAAUAAUUAUGCAAGAACAACCAAAUUAUUAUAAAGACAUGUGGAAUAAAACUCUACAUUCCACAGAGGUUCGUAAUAUUAGUACAUCUGAUGAAAAUUUAUUGAGCAAAAAUACAAAAUUGUCUACAUCUAAGCAGAAGGGUCAGCAAAAUAAUAUAAACAAUACAAAUGAUAAUCAUAAACGGUUAAUAAGAAGUGAUGCUCAAUCUGAAAAUUUGUUUUCUACAAAGGAUGGUAGAAUUGAAAACUUGAACAAUGAAAUAAUUAUGCAAGAACAACCAAAUUAUUAUAGAGACAUGUGGAAUAAAACUCUACAUUCCACAGAGGUUCGUAAUAUUAGUACAACUGAUGAAAAUUUAUUGCGCAAAAAUACAAAAUUGUCUACAUCUAAGCAGAAGGGUCAGCAAAAUGAUAUGAAGAAUACAAAUGAUAAUCAUGAACGGUCAAUAAGAAGUGAUGCUCAAUCUGAAAAUUUGUUUUCUACAAAGGAUAGUAGAAUUGAAAACUUGAGUAAUGAAAUAAUUAUGCAAGAAGAACCAAAUUAUUAUAGAGACAUGUGGAAUAAAACGCUACAUCCCACGGAGGAUUUUGGACAAUCUGACAAAUUUGACAAUAAUCUUGUGAAUUAUAGUACUAAUCCACAUAACAAUGUGCUUGUCUUUUAUGGUGAAGAUAAAACACCUAGCUUGAAUAUUACAAGACACAAAAAUUACAAUAAAUUCCAGAAACCAAUUACAUCAGAUCUGUCAUUAAAUACUUUGCAACCCUAUGCUAAUCGCUUACAAAUUUCUAAUAACUUUGAUCCACCAGCAAACGUUCACGAGAUGUUCCCAAAUACAUCAAAAAACGAACAACUGGGAAAAAUUGAUGAUACUUUAGUUUUCAAGGAACAGUUAAAGAGGCGUAAUACAAGAAAACUUAACAAAUAUUCAAGAAAUGACACAAAAGUAGUAAACAGUAAAUCAAUCUAUACUGCGCCCUUGACGGUCGCAAUUGCACAACCGCAUGCUGUGGUGAAUGGUCAGCAUAACACAUCUCAAUUGGAUUUUAAUAAAGGCAAGGAAAAAAUUAAGAAGUUAAUAUCAUAUGAAAAUCGUGGCAUCUAUCGAACUGGUCAACUAAAUGUUGCCAAACCUAAGUUCUCACAAACCUAUUCUACAAAUGUAUCAAACCCUCAUGCCAGAAAUGCAGCUUUCGUAUAUGAUCCUACUAUAUACAAUGAAUAUGUAGCAAAUGUGAAUGGCUUACAGGCUCGUCAUAACUAUUUUCCGCCUUAUAAUGUGCCAAGUUUCAGUUCUUUUCAUCGACAAGGAAACGUUACUUGGGAUACUUCUGCAAAUUUUAAUCAUCAUGGCAGAAAUGAUGUAAAUUCUCACUCUCACUCAAUUGGCAGAAAUGAUGUAAAUGCUCACUCUCAUUCAAUUGGGAGAAAUGAUGUAAAUGCUCACUCUCAUUCAAUUGGCAGAAAUGAUGUAAAUUCUCACUCUCAUUCAAUUGGCAGAAAUGAUGUAAAUUCUCACUCUCAUUCAAUAGGCAAAAAUUAUGUAAAUCCUCACUCAAAUUCAAUUGGCAGAAGUGAUGUAAAUUCUCACUCUCAUUCAAUUGGCAGAAAUGAUGUAAAUUCUCACUCUCAUUCAAUUGGCAGAAAUGAUGUAAAUUCUCACUCUCAUUCAAUUGGCAGAAAUGAUGUAAAUUCUCACUCUCAUUCAAUUGGCAGAAAUGAUGUAAAUGCUCACUCUCAUUCAAUUGGCAGAAAUGAUGUAAAUUCUCACUCUCAUUCAAUUGGCAGAAAUGAUGUAAAUUCUCACUCUCAUUCAAUUGGCAGAAAUGAUGUAAAUUCUCACUCUCAUUCAAUUGGCAGAAAUGAUGUAAAUUCUCACUCUCAUUCAAUUGGCAGAAAUGAUGUAAAUUCUCACUCUCAUUCAAUUGGCAGAAAUGGUGUAAAUUCUCAGGCUCAUUCAAUUGGCAGAAAUGAUGUAAAUUAUUACUCUCAUUCAAUUGGCAGAAAUGAUGUAAAUUCUUACUCUCAUUCAAUUGGCAGAAAUGAUGUAAAUUCUCACUCUCAUUCAAUAGGCAAAAAUGAUGUAAAUCCUCACUCAAAUUCAAUUGGCAGAAGUGAUAUAAAUUCUCACUCUCAUUCAAUUGGCAGAAAUGAUGUAAAUUCUCACUCUCAUUCAAUUGGCAGAAAUGAUGUAAAUUCUCACUCUCAUUCAAUUGGCAGAAAUGAUGUAAAUUCUUACUCUCAUUCAAUUGGCAGAAAUGAUGUAAAUUCUUACUCUCAUUCAAUUGGCAGAAAUGAUGUAAAUUCUCACUCUCAUUCAAUUGGCAGAAAUGAUGUAAACUCUCACAAUAUUUACAGCGAUAAAAAUAUUCACAAAAUAUUAACAAAUAAUGUAAAUGAAACUCGUUUAAAUUCACAUAACUUGCUGAGAACAUCAAGGGAUCACGCAGCUCUAAAAUCUUAUUCUGAUAGCAUUCGAGAAGACAACAAUAUGAUGUUUACACAUAUUCCAUCUGGUAAUACAAAUAGAUAUCGAAUGGUUUCAAACACUAAUCAAACUUCAUCUUUGCCAACGAAUAAUAUUUUCAAGCAAUCAAGAAUACCGAGGAAUGAUAUUGUUAGCGAUUUCGGCAUGACAAUGAGAGAAAAUCAAAGAAAAAUUAACAAUGGCUAUGAUUACACAAGAGUUGCAAAAAAUUUCAACAAUGGCAUCAAUAGAAAAGAGACUACAGCAUUAGAAAUGAAUAAAGAUGAGUAUAAAACUGCAUUGCAAGUUGUGAAUAAUGCUUCGGUACUUAAGGAUGAAAUUCAGAAAGCUUGCCCUAAAUCGCCUUUGCGAUCUAUACGUAAAAAUACAUUUGAUCUAAAUUGUGAUAACAGGAUAAAAAUUAUAGGAAGUAAAGAACAACAAUUAGGUGCGCAAAGUACACCGGAUUCGAAACUGGAUAAAUUAAUCGAUCUACAAUCAAGUACAAGCAAAGAAGAACAUAAUAAAAAAUUUAUUACCGUCAUCCCUAAGGAGCCUAAAAAUUUUGCUGAUAAUAAAAACUCAGAAGUUCCUGAAUUCUCUGAAACAAAAGAAAAUCGUGAUACUGCAAAAAAUGAUCAGUUUUCUGUUAAGAGAUUGGCGGGUGUUCAUUUUCUACCCAAGGCAUUGGAAUCAUGCAGUGUUGAAGAAUUGGCGUAUAUGAAGAGUCUACCUGAUAUAAAUAAAUCGAUAGACGAAAACAUAUCAAAUGCUGUCAAACUUCACGAUAUCUUGGGCAAUGCUAAAUCUAGGCUCACGGCAAAUGUAGAUGAACAGCUCUUAGGGAAUAGAUUGAAUGAUUUUAGUCUCCAGUGUAGUAUAUCAACGUCUAAAAUUGAUUUCGCAAAAUUGACAAAAUCAAACUCUAAAGUAUUAGAUCACAUUAGUAUUAAUAAUACUAAUAAGUCAUCAGAAACAAGUCCUUCAAAAUCGCCAGAUUUAAUAUCGCCAUGCAUUAGUCAAAACGAGACAAAACCCCGCAGAAGAACUAAUUUUCUUAAACAGUAUACUAAACCAAAGAAUAAAACUGCAUCUAAGACUGCUCCAUGGAAGUGCAAAAAUUCUUACAAGGCUUACAAUAAAAUAAUCUCUAAACGGGAUAAGAAUUUAAUAAAAAAAUCUCCAUAUCGCAGUGUUUAUCUAAGUAAAAUGAAGUAUCAACGUAACUUGCGAGUAAAAUAUAGGAAAAAUCGCGUUACGGAAAUAUCCGUUUUACCUAUAUCAGAAUAUAAACGGCAUACUAGAAGUGUUACUAAGCAACUUGAAAUUGAAAAUGCCAUUCGAAGCAUCCAACAAAGUCAAAAGGUUUGUUCAGAGAAGACUGAUUCGACAAAGAAUAAAAUUUUGGCUAAAAUUUAUUUGAGUAGAGCGCAUAGGGAAAAAUUAAAUGCAAUUGAUAUGGAAAAUAAAAACGGUGACCAAGCUCAAGACAUAAUUCAUACUAAUAUAGGUGAGCUAUCACCAAAAUUAAAAAAUUCUACAUCAUUUUCAUGCAUAUCAAUUAUUGAUAUAAAGCCAGUAUCUAGUCACCAGAAUAUAAAUAGAAAUUUCGAAGACGAUUGUGAUUCACUGAAAAUGGAGCAAGUAUCAACGAUUAAAACAAUCCUUUUGCUUUUGCCUACUGAUGCAAAGUGGAAUGAUUUUGAUAAUAUAAAUAAUCAAUUUUAUAUUUUUGAUUUACUUGACCAACAAAAUAGUUUAGGUAAAGUAUAUAAAGCGACAACUCAAGUCAAAAUAAAAUUGAAAUGCAAUUUAGAAGAAAGUAUUAGAGAAUAUUUACAAAAACAACUAUUGCAUAUCGAAGAUGCAGUCAAACUAGGUAGUAUCAAAGAGAAUCCAUCAGAAGUAAAGACAGAACAAAAAGCAAAAAAUAUAUCAAAAUCACACUUUAUUGAGAAAAGUACUGUUGAACCCGAUAACAUUAAUUAUAUUGAUACAUCUUCUGCUACAAUAUCUUCCAUUGGAGAUAGUUUAAACACCAAUAAUGUAAGCACAACCAAAGAUGCUGAUAAAUCUAUUGAAUAUAUGAAUUUAUCUGAAGACAAUAACUUAUUAAAGCAUGAGUUCUUCAAGCAAAACUUGCCUAUUUCACCAGCUUCUAGUGCUAAUUUGAAUACAAAGGUAUUGGAACAAAAAUCAAAUGCUGCUUAUGUAUCAGCUUUCGAAACCAAUUCGAAAAUAGGAUUUUCAGACUUAUAUAAUAAUCAUUUGGACAUUAUAGAAAAUAUUGGAUUAAUCUUUGACGAUACGCUGCUAAUUUUGUCUCUUAAGGAGUUCAGUAGAAACGAAAUCAAAUCUCACAUGUGUAAUAAUAAUAGAAACACUAGCAUUGUUUACAGAGCUCUAUUUUCUGCAUCUGCAACUAUUGUUUUACAUGCGGAAAAUAGCAAAAGUGUAUUCGAAAAGAAUAUUGAAUUAGGGUCCAAAAUAUUUUCUACCUUUUGUUCCUCUAUACUCUCGAACAAGAGCUUUAUAAAAAUAGAUGAACUGUAUAGAUCCGAUGAUGAUCUUUUAGCUCUUGAUGAGGCAAGAAAUGAAAAUAUUGAUCCAAAAAUGCAUAAGUGUAUCUCUAAUAUAUCAGAUGAUCGAGCUAAUGGUGAAGUUACGCAAGAUGUUCCGAAUUUGGGUGUUCAUUUUGAAUCCUGUGCAAGUGAUAAAAGUACUCAAAAUAUUACAGAAAUAAUGCAGGAGAUGAAGUUGAAUGUAUCUAUUAAUAAUUUACAAACAUCUUGCGAUAAUGAAAAUGCAGUUACGAAAAUAAAAUACUGCAAUUCUCCCUUAAGAAUUCCAUACGCCAACCCGUCAGAUAGUGUAGAAUUUUGGAAGAAUAUAGAAAUAAUUGAAAAUAAUACUUUUGAAUUGAAUGACAAAUUGAAUUCUAAAUAUGAUUUAGAAGUUUAUAAUCACUAUGGUAAGCUCUCGUUGAAUACUAAGCCUAUCAGCAAUCAGUCAUUACCAAAAAGUAAAAAUAUUGAUAAGGCGAAUAAAUUACAUUGCAAUGUGACAAACGAAACAAUCAAGAGAAAAUUAUCUACAGAAACGGAUUUAAAUUAUCCAAAUAAGAAACAAAAGAAUAUACAUAACGACAUUGAUGAAUUAAAAGAUAGCCUAGAAUAUGAUAAAUGCAUACUAAAACUGAAUACAAAACUUGACUUAGCCACAGGCCAAGUCCAGAAUAAUGCAGAAGACAAUAUUAUUAUUGAAGAAAGUAUUAAAGAAUUUAAUAUGGAUACCGAAGCAAUAUUGGAUAAUAAUUCAAGAUCUUCUAGUUCAUCGCAUGAUAAAAAAUUGUGCCAUCUUAAGGAAAGUACUCCGCUUAAUAAUUUUAUUAAUGAUCAAAAUAUCGACACAAAUAUGACCGAAAACAAUUUUAAAUUAGACAAAAGAAAAAAGCUCAAAAGGCAUUCUGAUAAAUCUGACAAAACAAAGAACGUUGAAAUAAAUCUUGAACGUAUAAAGAAUAAGCAUAAAUCAUAUUCUGAGAAAAAAACCAAAUUCGCAAAUGAAAUCAAUGCAACAAGCAAUGAAAAUUGGUCUUUUAACAAAUACGUUCCUGCUGAAAGUACUGUUCAAGUGAAAACAAAUCAGGAGAAAUUUUGUCCUUCGCGGCGAAAAUCAACUGAAUAUUCCAAUAAGACUGACGGAAAUUAUAAAAAUGAUAGUAUUUGUACGAAUGGCAAUGAGUAUAUAAUUAGAGAAAAACGUAAGAAACGUUACAAAGAAAAACAUCAGGAAAAAUCACACAAAAAUUCUUCAGAAACUGAUGAUAUUACAAUGAAGAAAAAUAAAAAUGUAGACUUUAGAAAGGAAUUACGUGGUUUAAUAAAGAAAACAGCAAGAAAUCCGGAAUUUCAGAAUAGUAGUGACUCGAAAUCAAAUUUUUCUCGUAUUACUAGGGAAGUUGACUUUUUGUCUAUGAGUUCUAACCAGGAUACAGAUAACAGCACUUCGCCACAAUCAAUUGCUGAUGAUGAUGUCGUAAAAGAUAGAAAGUUCCUAAAAUAUUUUAAAAUACCUCAGAAAAGUAGUGACAUAAAAUCAAAUUGUAUGGAAGAUGAGAAGUCAAAUGUUCCUAAUAUGACUAAAACAAUAAGUAGCAAACCUCAUAUUAAUAAAACAGAGAAAUCAAAUCGCCCGAAAGUUUCUCGUAUUAUUAGGGAAGUUGACUUUUUGUCUAUGAGUUCUAACCAGGAUACAGAUAACAGCACUUCGCCACAAUCAAUUGUUGAUGAUGAUGUCGUAAAAGAUAGAAAGUUCCUAAAAUAUUUUAAAAUACCUCAGAAAAGUAGUGACAUAAAAUCAAAUUGUAUGGAAGAUGAGAAGACAAAUGUUCCUAAUAUGACUAAAACAAUAAGUAGCAAACCUCAUAUUAAUAAAACAGAGAAAUCAAAUCGCCCGAAAGUUUCUCGUAUUAUUAGGGAAGUUGACUUUUUGUCUAUGAGUUCUAACCAGGAUACAGAUAAUAGCACUUCGCCAAAAUCAAUUGCUGAUGAUGAUGUCGUAAAAGAUAGAAAGUUCCUAAAAUAUUUUAAAAUACCUCAGAAAAGUAGUGACAUGAAAUCAAAUUGUAUGGAAGAUGAGAAGACAAAUGUUCCUAAUAUGACUAAAACAAUAAGUAGGAAACCUCAUAUUAAUAAAACAUUAGAGAAAUCAAACCGUCCGAAAGUUUCUCGUAUUAUUAGGGAAGUUGACUUUUUAUCUAUGAGUUCUAACCAGGAUACAGAUAACAGUACUUCGCCAAAAUCAAUUGCUGAUGAUGAUGUCAAACAUUUAUCAACUUAG